AUGGCGGAGCGGAGAAUUUCCUAUGCUGUCGACGUCGAAAAUGGCGAACGUCACAACCGUGAAGCCGGUGAGGAGGGUAACCUUGACGAGUACUCUGCCUUGAACCGGUACAUUUCGACUGCUCGCGACAACCGUCGUGGCUCCACCUCCAGCGCCGGUGCCCUCAGCUCCGGUGAGGAGAAGAAGAAGCCCUGGUGGAAGUUCGGCGGCAAGACCGAUGGUGUCCAGGACGGCUUUGUCACUCCCGAUGAGUGGCUCGAGACCGACCUCCGCGCUGGUCUCUCCUCCAGCGACAUCGAGCCCCGCCGCAAGAAGACUGGCUGGAACGAGCUGGUCACUGAGAAGACCAACAUCUUCAUUCAGUUCAUUGGUUACUUCCGUGGUCCUAUUCUCUAUGUUAUGGAACUUGCUGUCCUCCUCGCUGCCGGUCUGCGUGACUGGAUCGAUCUUGGUGUUAUCUGUGGUAUUCUGUUGCUUAACGCUCUCGUUGGUUGGUACCAGGAGAAGCAGGCUGCCGAUGUCGUUGCUUCUCUCAAGGGUGAUAUUGCUAUGCGUGCUAUCGUUGUCCGUAACGGCCAGGAGGAGGAGAUCCUCGCUCGUGAGCUCGUUGCUGGUGACAUUGUCAUCGUCGAGGAGGGUACCGUCAUCCCCGCCGAUGUUCGCCUGAUCUGUGACUACACCAAGCCCGAGAUGUUCGAUGCCUACAAGGAGUACCUCGCCAACGCCAACUCCGACGACCUCAAGGAGAAGCACGGUGAUGACGACGAUGAUGAUGAGGGUGAGGUCCACCAGGGUGUCUCCCUCAUUGCCUGUGACCAGUCUGCCAUCACUGGUGAGUCUCUCGCCGUCGACAAGUACAUGGCCGAUGUCUGUUACUACACCACCGGUUGCAAGCGCGGCAAGGCCUACGGUAUUGUCACCGCCACUGCCCGUCACUCUUUCGUCGGUCGUACUGCUGCCCUCGUCCAGGGAGCCUCUGACUCCGGUCACUUCAAGGCUGUCAUGGACAACAUUGGUACCUCCCUGCUCGUUCUCGUCAUGUUCUGGAUUCUCGCUGCCUGGAUUGGUGGAUUCUUCCGUCACUUGAAGAUCGCUACCCCCGAGGACACCGACAACAACCUGCUUCACUACACUCUUAUUCUCCUGAUUAUCGGUGUUCCCGUCGGUCUUCCCGUUGUUACCACCACCACUCUCGCUGUCGGUGCCGCCUACCUCGCUGAGCAGAAGGCUAUUGUCCAGAAGCUCACUGCCAUUGAGUCCCUCGCUGGUGUUGACGUUCUCUGCUCUGACAAGACUGGUACUCUCACCGCUAACCAGCUCUCCAUCCGUGAGCCCUUCGUCUCUGAGGGUGUUGAUGUCAACUGGAUGAUGGCCGUCGCUGCUAUUGCCUCUUCCCACAACAUCAAGAACCUCGACCCCAUUGACAAGGUUACCGUCCUUACUCUCCGCCGCUACCCCAAGGCCCGUGAGAUCCUUGCCCGCAACUGGAUCACCGAGAAGUACACUCCUUUCGACCCCGUCUCCAAGCGUAUCCAGACUGUCUGCACUUGCGACGGUGUCCGCUACAUCUGUUCCAAGGGUGCCCCCAAGGCUAUCCUCAACAUGUCCCAGUGCUCCGAGGAGGAGGCCAAGCUCUACCGUGAGAAGGCUUCCGAGUUCGCUCGUCGUGGUUUCCGUUCUCUCGGUGUCGCCGUCCAGAAGGAGGGUGAGCCCUGGCAGCUUCUGGGCAUGUACCCCAUGUUCGAUCCCCCCCGUGAGGAUACUGCCCACACCAUCGCUGAGGCCCAGGUUCUCGGUCUCUCCGUCAAGAUGCUUACUGGUGACGCUAUCGCUAUCGCUAAGGAGACUUGCAAGAUGCUUGCUCUCGGUACCAAGGUUUACGACUCUGAGCGUCUGAUCCACGGUGGUCUCGCUGGUUCCGCCCAGCACGAUCUCGUUGAGAAGGCUGAUGGUUUCGCUGAGGUGUUCCCCGAGCACAAGUACCAGGUCGUCGAGAUGCUCCAGCAGCGUGGUCACUUGACUGCCAUGACUGGUGACGGUGUCAACGAUGCUCCCUCUCUCAAGAAGGCUGACUGUGGUAUCGCUGUCGAGGGUUCCACUGAGGCUGCCCAGGCUGCCGCCGAUAUUGUCUUCCUCGCCCCCGGUCUCUCCACCAUUGUCGAUGCUAUCAAGCUUGCCCGCCAGAUUUUCCAGCGCAUGAAGGCUUACAUCCAGUACCGUAUUGCCCUGUGUCUGCACCUCGAGAUCUACCUUGUCACCUCCAUGAUCAUCAUUGACGAGACUGUUGACUCUUCCCUCAUUGUCUUCAUCGCUCUGUUCGCUGAUCUUGCCACCAUCGCCGUUGCCUACGAUAACGCUCACUUCGAAGCUCGCCCCGUCGAGUGGCAGUUGCCUAAGAUUUGGGUCAUCUCCGUUGUUCUUGGAAUCUUACUUGCUGCCGCUACCUGGAUCAUCCGUGGUACUCUCUUCCUUGAGAACGGUGGUAUCAUCCAGAACUUCGGUUCUCCCCAGGAGAUUCUCUUCCUCGAGAUUGCCCUUACCGAGAACUGGCUCAUCUUCGUCACCCGUGGUGGAAAGACCUGGCCCUCGUGGCAGUUGGUUAUUGCCAUCUUCAUUGUCGAUGUGCUCGCCACCUUGUUCUGUGUCUUCGGAUGGUUGGCCCCCGACUGGGAGCAGACCUCUCCCCGCGACCCCGCUGGCCCUGGCUUCUCCAAGAACAACGAUGUCGACAUUGUUACCGUCGUUGUCAUCUGGGCUUACUCCAUUGGUGUCACCGUCAUCAUUGCCGUUGUGUACUACCUUCUGACCAUCGUCCCCGCUCUGGACAACCUUGGCCGCAAGACCCGCUCCAAGGCCGACACCCAGAUCGAGAACAUGAUCGCCCACCUCUCCAAGCUCGCCAUCGAGCACGAGAAGUCCGCCGAUGGCAGCUCUCGCUACGUCAUUGGUGCCCGUGCCGAGGAGGUCGAGGACGAGUAA